ACUUACACUGACACAAUUUCGGUUUGAACGCUAGUAGCUAGACCGCAAAAAAUCCAAAAGAAAAAAAUUCAUAAAUUCGGCGAAUUGCAAGUGCAUACCGUUAACGGACGAUUUACAAGCGAUACUAAAAUUAGUGCCACAACCGGAAUCUGUGAAAUUUUCAAAAUACCGCGUAAUGUAAUUGAGGACGAACACACUGACACCGGCACAUACAGUUUUAAAUACCAUUUACCAUACAGCUAGCAUUUGCUAAAAUUAUUAAAACAGAAAAUAACCAAAACACACAGCACACCAUUACAACUACCAAACAACCAGCAAACAUAGUUACAGGAAACAGCAAACAACACACCAAAUCUACCAACCAACCAAGCAACCACUUAAGAAUACACAUUACCACGCAACAAUUGUAACAAUAUUUAUACUGAUUUAACUAGAGUUUAAUAGUUUAAAAAUAUAAAAUUACACUAAGAUUAAAUGACAUGUCAAAGUAAUACAACAGAUACAUAAUUGAAAGCGUAAAGUAAUAUAUAUAAACAAAAAGUAAAUAUAUAUAUAACAAUGAAAAGAAAUACACAAGAAGGUCACAUAAAUGUAAAAUAGCAGAGGAUCCACACAAACGCAAACAAAAACGAAAAACUUAAGCGGCAAACUCGCCCAGCACCAACACACGCACACUUCAACGUUGCACAGAGGGCACCGAAAAUCUCCAGAGAACAAGAAAAACAAAACUGUAGCAUAGCAUUAAGGAUAGGCAUAUAAAACGAAACAAUACGUACUACUCACAUUUAAUAUAAUAUGAAAUACUAUAAGGCAUAAAAAACAAUGCAAUAAAAAUAUAAAAAAUAAAAAUAAAAAUAAAUUUACUCACUGUGGAGCUGAGGAGCUGAGCACAGAAUUGAACCAAAUCGCAGCAACAACAGCAAAAUAUGUAAGAAGAAGACUGACACAAUAACUAAUUAACUCGAGAACACACAACAAUUAAAACCUAUAAGAAUUAUAAAAACAAAAACAAAAAAAAACAUAAGAAUUAAAACAGCAGAAUAAUAAGAAUACGCUAUAAAUGCGCUCGUGUAGUGAUAUUUUUGUGUGAUGUAUGACAUUCAAAGCACAGUUGAAGAAACAUACGUAAAUAUAGAGAGACACAAUGCGUUAAUUGUGUAAAGAUAUAUGAAAACAGCACAAUAAGGGGAACGCAUAAAAGAGAAUAUUAAGUAAAACCAAAGAAGAAAACAACAAAUAAUAACACAACAAUUAAAAAAACUUACAAAAAAAAAAACAAAAAUAAAGAAAAUAAGAAUUAACACACAGCAAAUAUAUGCCACAGUUCCCUAAUUUAAAAAUAAAGCAAAAAAUAUUCCGAAAUACCAAAAGUGAAUUGUAUGCUGAACGUAAAAAGCAAAGUAAUAAGUAAAUUGCAAGUAAUAAUCAAAGACAAGCAAGCAUACUAAAAAGAGGAAAUAAGCAGCAAAGUGCAACUAAAUUACAGUUAAAACAUUUUGUAUUCCCAAAUUGAAGACGAGGCUUCAACAUUGAACUUGAAAUUAAUACGCGAAUGGGAAACGUGGUGCCUUAGCUUCGCCUUUAUUUAAUGACACACAAAAAAACUCACAUAGAAACACAGGAAGCGUGCAAAAUUCAGAACAAUUUAGGGGAAGCAGUCAGUUAUUAAGCAAACGAAUAACUAAAGUAUUAAAGAAAUAAAGCAUUAAAGCAACAAAAUAGUCUCAACGCCAGCAUGAACAGAAACAUAAACAGAAAUAGCAACUGUGAAGACAAUUACAAUUACUUGCUCAACAAAUCCAAUGUAAGACAAAAAUAACAACAAGUAACAAGCAAUUUUUGCAAUAAAUAAGUGUACACAUACAAACCAGGUAUAAGUAAUACCCUACUAGUAGAUAAGCAGUGCAGACAUUAUGUUAAAUUUAAGUACAAAAAAUAAAAGUAAAAACGAAAUACAGUUAUAAAGCGACUCAUACAUUAGCAUUAACGCGCAAGCAGCCGGCUCUUAACAAAACCACUUGGAUAAAGACAUAAAACUAUGUAAAUUAUAAGACAAGACUCUACAGCUAAAGAACGGAUUAAGGCACUUUCAACGGAUAUAGGCAAUCAUACAACUCCAAGACGCAUAAGCACAACUUUACAAAACUGUCCUAAGUCAAGUUAUAGCAAGCAGCAUUACCUACAUAUGAAACAUGUACCGACUAUACCGAUGGCAUGUACUCUAGCUGAAAUAAACAGUUGCACAACAGAAACAAUGCAAAUUCGUUAAAAAUACCGUUAAAUGGAAACAAACAGCAAAUACCAAUAUGAAUCGACCCACAAAUAUGGUGUAUUAAACAUAACCGGCGUAAAUUGUAUAGUUCAUGUUCCAGCAACAACUCACAUAGUGUAACCCACAUAAAGACAAAUGCUAGCCAGCAAAAAAGACAACAACUAACGAUUAUUAAAUCAAUUAGUUGCACAUAAAACCGUAUACAGCUAGAACCAAAAAACCAAAGUACCGUUAUAACAAAGCGCAAAAAUUGUGUGCCGAAAUAAAACCGAACAAAACCCCCGAAAGUGUCAGAUUUAACGAAAAAUUCAAAGCCAUAGCAAAAAUCUUUUCAAAUCACCAGUGUUUCUUUCCAUUGUUCCAUUGCUCAACAUCUCCAACUGAGACGACUGCGUUCGCUUUUUGUACACGCUACAAGUGUAUGCAACACGUUGACAGCCACACUGGGUCAAAUAGCACAACAACAACUGCAUGGCACGCACACACAUAGUGUUGAUCUGUGGCUGCUGCAGCAAUUGAAGCCAGCAAUAGAAAGCAACUUCGACUAUCGUGCUACUGCAGACCACAUAGCCGCCGAGGAACAAGUGUCGGCGGUGGCGGCGACGUUAGGCGCAACAACAGCACCGGUAUUGGCAAUAGCAAAAGAUCAAUUUAAAGCAACAAAUACAAGUAUAGACGCGCAACAUCAGCAUACACUUAAUACGACAAAGACGGACGCGGACACGUUUAACGUGGCCACGUUUAGUGAUAGCGCCGACACAGCGCCAGCAGCAGCGGCUACAGUAGAUAUAGCGGAGUCCAGCAUAUACUAUAGCGGCUACAGCCGUGUACUGGGCAGCAGCUUUGAUAAAAUCGCAAGCGAAACGUCGCUAGCAGUGGCGGACGACAGCACCAUUUCGCAGCUGCAGAUACCGACACCGAGAAUUCCAACGCUUGGGGAGGUCUUACUACCCAAUGCACUCAAUAUACCGCCGGUUGCAUCCACUUUGGCCGCUGCUCUGCAUGCGCAAAUGACAUCGGCCGUACAACAGCAACAAAAUCAUCAUCAACAACAACAGCAACAACACGACAAACAGCAACAUCACCAUCCGCACCAACUACAUACCAACCACUCGCAACAACAACAAAACCACGCGCAUCACACGCACCAGCACCAAGAAGCGUUCACGCAACAUCACCAGCAACAUCAACAAGAAACCGAACAACAACAACAACAGCAACUACUGCAUCAGCAACGCUCGCAGCUAUUCAAAAUGGAUGCAGAGUUCUGGCAACAAGCGCGCGGUCCAUUCGGUCUGCAUGCCGCCGCCGCACUUGCUACCAAUCAACUGCAUCACCAUCAUCAUCAUCAUCACCAACAACAACAACCACAACAUGCGCAACAACAACAUCAGCAACAACAAUCGCACACAGCACAGCAGCAACAUAUCCAGCCGUCGGCGCAAACACAUCAUACGCAGCAAUCAACGCAUUUGAGUAAUGUGCCGCCAACAGCUGCAACGCAUCAGGAGCAACAACACGAACAGCCGACUACAACGCUACCGGUGUUGCCAGUGUCACACGAACAACAUCCGCAAAGCCAUCACUUACUGUUCAAUGCAGCUGCCGCUGCCGCUGCAGCCGUCCACCUAAGCGGCGUUGUUAAAUCAAACGAAUUGCAGAACGUGGCCAAUAGCAUGAAUGUGGGCGGUGUUGCCACCAAUAGUCCCACCACACAAGACGGCACAGCUGUAGGCAGCAAUAACGCCAGCGGCAGCGGCAAUGCGGCCGGCAACAAAGAACGGCUUAACAUAAGCGUUAAACAAGAAAUGAAAACGGUGGCGUCUGCUGCAAGUAAUCAACACCAACAACAGCAACAGUCCAAAUAUCAACCGAAUGUACACAACGCCAUCGACGCGUUGCACCAACAACUACAGCAACAACUGCAACAGCAACAGCACGAUUUAAGUACCAGCACUGUUGGCGGCGAUGAAACCGAUGGCUACAGCAAUCAGCUGAAAGCACAACAAGUGAGCGGUCUUAGCAGCGCCAGUAGUGGUGCACAUCAACAACAAACACGAGCCCACAAUAGCACACAUGCACACCAACAGCAGCACCAGCAACAGGAACAAGAACAGCAGCAGCAGCACCAACAACUGUCUACGCAUGCGCAGCAGCCCAAGCAACACCAGCUUCAUCAGUCGAAUGGACAACAGCAUGAGCCAGCAGGGGCAGGGUCGAGCAGUCCGUCGCUUAUGCACAGCGGUGGCGGCGGCACCACGCUUGUACCGCUGCAUUCGCCACAGCAAUCGCUGACACCAUCCGGCGGUAGCUCAACACCCGACAUCAAGUACAACAGCGACAAGCUGGUCAAUGAAAUCCAGCUACAGUUAUCCCGCUCGAACAGUGCAGCCGCCAUCAGUGAACGUACUUUAGAAGAAUGUUGGUCGACCCUGCAACGUCUUUUCAUGCACAAAAGCGCCAUGCAACAAAUACAGCAGAUACCCCGCGUCGGUCUCGGUGCGCCUGGCAGUAUGGGCGCCGAAAGUAAGCCACAUCAAUGCCAACAAUGUAUGAAAAGUUUCUCCAGCAAUCAUCAAUUGGUGCAGCACAUCCGCGUACACACCGGCGAAAAACCGUACAAAUGCUCAUAUUGUGAUCGUAGAUUUAAGCAGCUUUCUCACGUGCAACAACACACGCGAUUACACACCGGUGAACGUCCAUAUAAAUGCCACUUACCGGAUUGCGGACGCGCUUUUAUUCAAUUAUCAAAUUUACAGCAACAUUUACGAAAUCAUGACGCACAAGUGGAACGUGCAAAAAAUCGCCCCUUCCAUUGCAAUAUCUGCGGCAAAGGUUUUGCCACCGAGUCCAGUUUACGCACGCACACAUCGAAGGAGCUACAGCUGCAUCUUGGUGUCUUGCAGCAGCAUGCGGCAUUGAUUGGCGGCCCUAACGCAACUUCCUGCCAUGUAUGCCACAAACUAUUCUUGGGAGCCGAUGCUUUAAUGGAACAUAUGAAGCAUGCGCACAAGGAGAAGCCGGCACCGAGCGUUGUCAGUCCCUAUGUAGAUAAUUCGGGAUCCGGCUGUAUGCAAUCGUCGUCCAGCGACCCAUAUUUAGCUAAACGACGCACUGCCAAUCACCCAUGUCCGGUGUGCGGUAAGCACUAUGUAAACGAGGGUUCACUGCGUAAGCACUUGGCUUGUCAUCCGGAGACAACACAGCUAACAAAUAGUUUGCGCAUGUGGCCGUGUUCGGUAUGCCAAGCGGUAUUCACACAUGAAAAUGGUCUUCUCACGCAUAUGGAGCACAUGCGCAUGGAUCCUAAGCACCAAUUCGCUGCACAGUAUGUUUUAUCCAGAGCAGCGGCGGAAAGACGCGAGCGUGAUUCAAUACUAGCUGCUACGUUAGCUGCCUCGGCAGGCGGCGGCUCCAGCGGGGGUGGCAAUGGUGGCAGCGGCUUAUUGCCACUGAUAGGCGAUGGCGGUGGCUCGAAUUCCUUAUGCCCUUCGCCGUCAGCCAACUCGGAAUGCUCUUCCACCGGCCGCCUCUCAUCGUCUGCCGCCUCCGAGCAGGGCAGUGGCAUACACUUACUAGCAAGCAAUAAUAAUAACAACAAUAAUUGCAAUAGCAAUAAAUUGAAUGAGCUAUUGAGUCGUACAGGUAGUAAUCCGCACUUAAGCCAGCAGUAUGGGGUCGGUGUGGACACGGAAAUACACGUGGCAAACCGUAUGUCACUGAUGGCUGCUGCAUCAGCAGCUGCGGCGGCUGUGGCCGCUUCUGCUGGCGGCGCAGGUGUAAGCGGUGGCGGGAAUGUGGCUGGUGUGUCUGGCGUGGGCAUGGCUUCUCCCGUCGGCUGCGUCGAAUCGACCAGAUCAAGUGUGCAAGCGGCUGUUGUUAAUUUGGCGGCAGCGAUGCGCAUUAAUCAAGUCAACCAGCAACAAAGCGGCGCUAAUGUUACCGUUGGCUGUGGGAGCAAUAGUGCUGCAAACAGCGUUGGCAAUGUUGCCAACAAUACGUCCAGUCAGCAGCAAUUGCACGCACAGCAUCUGCAGCAACAACAGCAGCAGCAACAACAACAAGUAACAACGGGAGACAACAAUCAAACAUCGAUAUCAGCCCCAUUGACACCGAGCGGCUUGCGUAUGAGCGCCAACUCACCGAGCACGGUAAUACCCAACAUACAACCAGAUGCAUCCGCCGUCAACGCAGUGGUGACGAUGACCGCUAUGCGUGACUCGAUGAUGCGCACCACCAUGGGUGUGGUGGACUCCUUAAGUGGCAUGCAUCAGCAACAUGAACAACAUGUGCACGGCCAUCUACACCACCAUACGACGAACAAUUUGCAAACAGCGCACGCCGCUUACGGUCAGCACAGCGUGUCUGCCAGCGGCGGCGCCAACCACCAAGGCCAACACCAAGUGGCGUCAGCACUGCAAAACUCCACCAUGCAUCACCAUCACCACCAUCACUUAAAUCAGAUGCAACAGCAGCACUCACCCGAAACUGCAUUGCGUAUGCAUCAGCAUGCCGAGGCCAUACUGCGUUCGCACACGGAAGUGGCUUUUCGCUUAGCCGCAACCGUAGCGGCAUCCAACAGCGUCAUUGGGGGGGGAAGCAGUGGCGCACAUGUGGCGAAUGACAGCAAUAAUGAGAAUGUUGACGUCUCGCACAACAACAAUGCAAUACAAGUUAAAGCAGAAACGCAUCAAACGCAACAACAACAACUGGGCGGUAGUAAUGUACCGUUGCAGCAACAACAGCAGCAGCAGCAUCAUCACCAACAUUCACUGUCACAACAACAAACACAAAAACUAAACACCAACGACAGCUUACAACAGCAAUCCGCAAACUUGGCGUCACAGCAGCAGUCACAGCUCACGUCCGAUCUUAGCGAAGCGAUACGUCUACAAGAACAUCGGCUGGAGCAAGCGCUGCGUUUGCACAAUGACGCACGCGCACUCAACUUUCUCACAGCCGCCCAACAGACCGCCAAUAAUGCGGUCACAGCGGCCGCCAACAGUGCAGCGCUGCAACAUCAGCAACAACAACAACAAACUUCCACAAGCCAACACCACAGUAACGCGUGAGAGCCGCUAAUGAGCGAUAACUUAAAGGUCGCCUUAGAUGUAAUUACACAGAGCGAAACGUAUUAAGUGACGUGAAGUGAACGGCGAUGUUAAACCGUAAUAUAGCAGCAGAACUAACUGGCUUCAAGCAAAUACUUACCAAAGACAUACAAGUAUAUGAGCGGCAUCAACGAUGCUUACGAAUGAAGAAUUCAAACAUAAAACACUUAAGGAAAGGCAACGACAUUCGUAUGGAUUCACACACAUAUAUACAUAUAUGUGGUGAACGAUUAUUAAUCAUAUGUAGAAAAAUCAAAUAAGUUUAAUAUAAUGCUAAUUGCCCCACAAACAAUUCUAAGCACUGUAAGAUUCUACAACAAAGCGCAUAUUUUACAGAGCACCAGAGUUGUAAUGCGACGUAAACAUAAUGAACUGGUAGCAUUGGCGGGCGCGCAAUGAGGAAUGUAUGAAUUAUUGCAAGUACUUCCAAAGCGAAAUAAAACUACAAGUGUACAAGUUCCACACUUUUUUUGGUUUUAUUUUUUUUAUUUUUUAUUAUUCUCCUUAUUUUUUCUUUAACCGACAAAUAUACAAAUGUCUAUACAUUCUGAUGUAGCUAUGUAUCCAAGGCUAUACAGCGAAACCCCUCUUGGACGGACACUUACCGUCGAGCGAUUUUUAUCCGCCCAAGAGAUAUGUGCGCCUAAGGGACGGUCACUUUUUCUAAAAAUGUAACUAACAUUUUCAUGCAAGACAAAGCUAUAGUACCGAAAUAACAGUACGUUGUCUAUCUAUAAAAGGUGAUCAAUUUCAAGGUUCCCUACUUUUUUUAAAGAAAAAAAAAAAACACAGAAAAUUCAAAUUUAAUGGCGAAUGUUUAUUAACAUUCGAAAACACAUUGUUUGACAUUUAUUUUUCAAAGAUUAUCUCUUUCAAAUGUUGGCCCCGGCUACAUCUCAGUUGGUCCAUGCGUUGAGUCCAAAUUUCGAUGACUCGUUCGAGUAUUUCGACUGGUAACUGGGGAAUGAAUCGCAUACCCAGAAAGGGCCAACAGUUUGUAAUCGUUGUUCAGGCGUUACUCUUUCCUUGAUGAAAUGCCAAAUAAUACUGAACAAAAAUAACAUGAAAGGGCUAUUGCAAAAAAUACCUCUACUUGGAUCACCCUUAACAAUAAUAUAUGUAUGUAUGUUCAUAUUCCAUCAAGACUUGUCAAGCACAAACUUUGUUUUCAUGCUAAACUUGUUUAAAAUUUUAAUCUGUUAUUUGAACAAUUUCCACUCGCCAUAUUUUCACUUUAAAAUAUUAUGUAUCAAGUUGCGAAAGUCAUAAAAUCUGCAGAAGAACAUAUACAGCAAAGAGUCCAAGUCGUGUCUAAAAAAAUAAAAUGGAAAUACAUGGAAUCGAUGACAUGUGUUCGAAAGUGAACGCCUACCUUCUCGAUCUUAGUCGCUACUUUACUGCUAGUAGCCUAACACACUCCUACCAUAUACAGCGACCAUAUUCACCACUUGGACGAAGGAGUACAGUCUAGACCUUAACAUUUCUGUCGAUGGCAUUAAAAGGCCGAACGUGAAUAACCCCAAAAUUUGGGUGUUAUCGUGGAUAGCCUGUACUCUUUCACUCCCCAUACGAUCGCAAUUGUUACUAAAGUACAUACAGAGCCGCAACAAGAUGCUCAAGUCGCUCUAGACCCUAGCCGGCAACGUAAGCGUAAAGACAAAGAAACGUUUUUGGUAACCUACGAGGCUAUCCGCCGGCCGGUUAUACACCGAUAGCACCCACAUAUUGCCUGUUGAUGUCUCCGGUCGAGCACCUACAUAAUAGGGCCCGUAUGAUAACUGUGCAGAGCAUAACGAAAUGCUCUCCAAACAGUUUCUGUUGAAAUACAGAAACGAUCUCUACAGUUUAGAGUACAUUCCUUAAAUAUGUCGCGACCUACAGUACUCUACCGACCGGACUACGGAUGCGACAGACUUUCGACAAGCUCUAAACGCCAUUCGUAGACGAGCCAUUAACACCUUCAUUGACUGCCUCUCAUCCAUCUAUCAGCCCUUUCCCUUUGGUCCGACCCUGUCGAAACAGCUCGUUUCCUGGGCCUCUCAUUAAAUGACUUCGAGAGAAUUGAUUUAGACUUGCCGGUUUGGAUUACCGCUACUCGUUGGAUAUAAUGAUAAUAAUGGCAAUGUAGCUACUUUAGCUCACUUAACGAAUUUUUAAGCAAUGAUUUUAUGACACUUUUAAAUUUUGAGUUGAAGUGGUGUGCAAAGGCCAGAAUUCUCUGAAUUCUCGUGAUCUACACGUUGCAAGUUUCAACACACUUCGUACUAUGAAGUAUUUUUUUUUAUUUUGCAUUAAUUUUGUUAUUCUUACAUUUUAGCGUAUUUCGUCGUGCUAGAGAUCGCACUUUUAGUAAUUUAUUCAAAUUUACUAAUAAAAUAAAUUUACCGAGGAAACAUUUACGAUUACAUAUUGACACAUGUAAAUGAAAUAUACAGGCAUGUUCUGCCAAUCGUUUUCGGGCAAUAUUUUCGCUUUUUCCGUUUUCAAAUUCUUUUACAUGUUCUGUAAAUCGUUCCGUUUUUGUUUUUUCGAAUAUCACCAAAUCGUUUUGUCGCCAUGUUCUGCAAAUCGGAAUCGUUACAAUUUUUCGAUUUCAUAUUCGGCAAGAUAAACGAUAGCGAUUUUGAAUCAAAAUCAACGAUCUGCUUAAGAAACAUUUAUUACAAUGUAUGUAUGUAUUAAAAAGCAAAAAAAUAUAUAUUAUUAAAUAUUAAUUAGCAUAUAUUAACAUGUUUUGCCUGGACUUGUGGAAUUUUCGCAGCCGUUGAGGGCAUUUAAGAUUAUCGAAGGACGUUCUACCCCCACCGACAAGCAGGGAAACCCACUACAUGUUACCGAAACUCAAGAAGGUGUUUAGAAAUAAAAAAAAGUAUUCACUCAUAGAAUCAUCGUAUUUAUGCUGAAAAUACCUUGUAUGUUAAAAAAAUGUUCGUUUACAAAUCGUUUUACCGUAGCUGCAUGAGUGCCAUCAAUGCAUCCUAUCACUCUUGGUAUUCUAAAUUUUUGUACAAAAUGAAGUUUUACUUUUCUGGAAUCCACUUCCCACUUCGGUAUCCUUUCCAACUGAACAUUGAUAGGAACCUUCAGCGAAAAACCUAAGACUUGCCGUCAAUUUUAUUAAAUUAGGUGUGAACGUUUCUUUUCUUAAAGGUAUAAUUUCGUUAAGUAUUUCUGAAAAUGCAUGCAUACUUAACCGACAUCUGGAUACAAACCUGAAACAAAAAGAAAUCAUCUCAAGUCGACAAGUAGAAACGUUUUAGUAAAACUCACGUGGAAUCCGGUGCAGACAGGGGAUUAGAAUAGUCUCUCAAAUGUCGCCUUUCGAUUUUACCU